UCAUUUUGUUUGUUUUUGAAAUAUGGCGGGAGACGACCUGACCGCUGCUACUUGUGUUGCCAUUGUUUUAUACAUAGCAAUUAAACAACGACGCAGAAGACAGAAAAAAAGAACUGUUUGGAUAAGAGAAUGGAUGAAAAAAAGACAGCAGUAUGGGGCAUACCAGCAUUUAGUGAAAGAAUUGCGCUUGUCAGAUUCGAAUGGAUACAAAAAAUUUCUACGAAUGGAUCCAGAAUCGUUUGGUGUCCUAGAAAGCUUGAUUACGCCAUUAAUAACAAAAAAAGAUACAAACAUGAGACGUUCUAUUCCAGCAGGUGAACGUUUGGCAGUAACCCUACGUUUCUUAGCAACAGGUGAAUCGUACAGCAGCUUACAAUUCUUGUACAGGAUAGCUAGAAAAACUAUGGGCCAAAUAAUUCCAGAAACAUGUGAUGCUUUAUCAGAAGUCUUCAAGGAUUACAUUAAGGUUCCAACAACUGAAGAGGAUUGGAGGAAAGUAAAACAAGCCUUUUCAGAGAGAUGGAACUUCCCUAACUGUGUGGGUGCUUUGGAUGGGAAGCACAUAUUAUUGAAGGCACCCAACAAUAGUGGUUCCUUUUAUUUUAACUAUAAAAACAACUUUAGUAUUGUACUUCUAGCAUUGGUUGAUGCUGACUACAAAUUUCUGUAUAUUGACAUUGGUAAAAAUGGUAGAGUAUCUGAUGGUGGAGUGUUCAGAGAAUCAUCACUAAGCAAUGCACUGGAAACAAACAGCCUAAACCUGCCAAGUCCGACAUCCUUGCCAGGUGAUGUAACUCAAAUCCCAUAUGUAAUUGUGGCAGAUGAUGCUUUUCCACUCAAACCUUAUUUGAUGAAACCAUAUGGUCAACGCAGCAUGACAAUGAAAGAACGCAUAUUCAAUUACAGGUUAAGCCGAGCUCGCAGAAUAGUAGAAAAUGCUUUUGGCAUAUUAGCAAAUAGAUUUAGGGUAUUCAUGACACCAAUAGCCCUACAACCUGAUUCAGUUGAAACGGUAGUUUUAGCUUGUUGCUCCUUGCACAACUUUUUGCGAGCCAGAAAUGAAGGAUGGAACAUUUACACUCCACAGUUUAUGAUGGAUAGAGAGGAUCAUUUUACCCAUGAUGUGAUUGAAGGUGAAUGGAGAAGUCAACCUAUUGCAAGUGGGAUGACUUCUUUUGGACAGCAAGGAAGUAACAGAUCAACAUCUACAGCCCAAUCUGUUUGA